AUGGUUAGUGGAAAUGAAGGUGCAGAUUUAGCACAGGCUGGUACAGAAUCUGCCCUGCCCACACAUAAUGAACCUGCUAUUGUUCCGACUCCCAUCCAAGGAUCAAAACAUGUGCAACAGACUGUACCAGACAGUGUAUUGUUGAGCAAACAGAAGAGUAUCCAACCUAGUCGCCUCACUCGCAGCGCCAACAAAUCACUUUUCCCAAAUGAUAAAAAUAGUAAUGAGACAGUGACAUUUAUUACAUCACAAACACUGAGGAAUACUGCUGCAAAUAAAAAGCUACAAUGCAGAAAGAAAGGAGGAAAGGAAGAUCAACCUUGA